AUGUUAGAAUUAGUAUGGGCAAAUAGUGAGAGCUCUACUUCAAAAAGUCGACGUCUUAACAAUAAGGAAAAAGUUACUGUUAAAGGUAAUAAACCUGAUUUUAAAAUUUCAACCAAUACUAAAGAUGAAGUUCUCUUCAGAGAAGUUAAACCAAGGGACUCGUCUUCUGUAUUGGUCAAAAAAGAUCUAGUCAAACUUGCUGAGUUUCAGGCAGGUGAGCAUAUUCACGUCUACAAGAUGGACCUUAAUUAUGAAGGAAUAUACAGGAUGAUCUUGGUUGCAGAUGUAUGUGUCCCAAUUGAACGGGAAAAAAUUGUAGGCUUGCUAUCAGUUUUGGAAGUGGUUAAGAUUAUAGCUGUUUACUACAUUUGA